UGUGUGCAUGGUGUUUUACUGGAUACUAUGACUUUUAGUAAGAGAUCCUGACCACUGACCACUUUGACUAAAGAAAAAAGAGAGAAAAAUCCAAAAGAUUUAUUCAAACACAGUCCAAAAGCCAGUCAUGGAGACCCUCCUGAGAGAAUUUUUCAACAUCACUCCUGAUCAUCCAGGCAACCUUUCUCACCGCCACUGGGGGGUGCCAUAUUUGAAGAGAUUGGCGCAUCUGGACGAGGCUCUCUACGAAGACUUUUACAGCCUGUGGAUCACCCUUAUGGUCGUCAACAGUAUUAUGUUCCUGGUGGGGCUUUUGCUAAACAGCGUGGCUCUCUACGUUUUCUGUGUGGGGACGAAGGCUCGCACUGCACCUCUAAUCUACACUAUUAAUCUAGCGGUAGCCGACCUCUUGGUGGCGCUUUCUCUCCCGGCCCGGAUCGCUUUGUAUUACAGUGGAGGUGGCUGUUUGGCUUGUUCAUACGUGCACACGUUUAGCUAUUUUGUCAACAUGUAUUGCAGCAUCCUGUUCCUCACUAGCAUCUGCGUUGACCGGUACAUGGCAGUGGUUUGGGCCGCGGGCACAGCAGACCGCUGCAGAAGCCCCGCUGUGGCUAAAGGUGUUAGUGCAGGGGUGUGGCUCUUUGCCAUGGUGGUCACCUACUCGUUCCAGACCACAGCUUUGGAAUUUGAUGACUCGUCCAGCUGCCACCUUCUCGUACUGUUCGCUGUUACUGUACUGGAGUUUGUGAUCCCUCUUCUGGUCAUCGUGACUUUUACAGCCCGAGUUGCCUGCGCUCUCGCUAAUGACCAGCUCAUGGCACAAAGCCGGGGGCGAAGGGCCCGAGCUGUGCGUCUGCUCCUAGCUGUGCUCAUUGUCUUUGUUGUCUGCUUUACACCCUUUCACGUGCGCGAGGCCCUUGUGUACUUUCGCCUAGGAGGUGACCGAGAACAACAUGUGGUUGCCUAUCACACCACUGUGACCCUCAGCAGCCUAAACAGCUGCCUAGACCCUGUGGUUUACUGCUUUGUGCCCGAUAAUUUCCGUUCCGCCUUGCGCCGAGCUUACAGGAGGAGGGAGCCUCAGCAAUCCAGCAAUGCAGCAGAGGUGACCACCCCUCGUCAAAGCUCCAAAGGGUCCAGCACCACCAUGGCAGUUGUUUACAGUGUAGCAGCUCUCACCCUCAGUCCCUGCACUCUGCCUUCUCCUGAGCUGACUGCAUGACAGAGAAAAUGAGGACGAAAAGGAACAAGGAACAAAACAGGCCAAAAAAGCUCUUGAUAUAUUGAAACUUGGAUUAUCUGUCACACUUUAAUGGACAGGAACUAAAAGAAUCAAAACCCACUUUGCUUUGGAAAGAUUUAUCAUUACACAGAACUGGAGUCUUCUAUAAAUCUGUGUGUGUAAUUCAGUCAAAGUGAUGGUUGUAUAUAAAGUACAGUCUGGUUCUUUGCUUUAAAAAAAAGAGUGUCCAAUUCAGUGUCCUUAAUGAUGAAAGCAGCAAAUAAUACUUCCUUAUGUCCAAAACUGGUACAAAGUGUGCAAGAUCCACCUCACAUUGCAAAUUUGCCACCACAAUAGCCUUUUUUUCCCCUCAAUGUUAAUGCAUGUUUUAAAGAUUUACUGUCCUUCGUGCUUAGCCAAG